AGUCUGGCAACACACUGUCAUGGAGUGAUGGUCGUGAUUGUCGGGGGGCAGUCAGUCAGGAAAAGUCGGAGCUAGUCAGCGAAGAAUUCCUCAUAGCUUUCAAAUGGCCACACUCGAAGAUAAAUCUAUUUGGGAGGAUGGAGAGGAAACACUAGGAGAGGACGUCCUACGAAUGUCCACGGACGAAAUCGUGUCGCGUACGCGACUGUUGGAUAAUGAAAUCAAGAUAAUGAAGAGCGAGGUAAUGCGAAUUUCACAUGAGCUUCAGGCGCAGAACGAUAAAAUUAAGGAGAAUACUGAGAAGAUUAAGGUAAACAAAACUCUCCCAUACUUGGUAUCCAAUGUCAUCGAACUAUUAGAUGUUGACCCACAAGAUAUGGGAGAGGAAGAUGGAGCAGUGGUUGAUUUAGAUGCACAAAGAAAGGGCAAAUGUGCAGUUAUAAAGACAUCAACCCGUCAAACGUACUUCCUGCCUGUAAUCGGUCUGGUCGACGCUGAAUCUCUGAAACCAGGCGACUUGGUAGGUGUCAAUAAAGAUAGUUAUCUUGUACUAGAGACUCUGCCAGCCGAAUAUGAUGCCAGAGUCAAAGCUAUGGAAGUAGAUGAGAGACCUACAGAGCAAUACUCUGACAUCGGUGGACUAGACAAACAAAUUCAGGAACUCAUCGAGGCUGUUGUGUUGCCUAUGACGCACAAGGAGAAGUUCGAGAAUCUAGGAAUACAACCCCCUAAAGGUGUUUUACUUUAUGGUCCACCUGGAACUGGAAAGACUCUAUUAGCUAGAGCUUGUGCCGCCCAAACAAAAUCUACCUUCCUAAAAUUGGCUGGUCCACAAUUGGUACAGAUGUUUAUUGGUGAUGGUGCUAAAUUGGUCAGAGAUGCGUUUUCGUUGGCCAAAGAAAAAGCUCCAGCGAUAAUAUUCAUUGAUGAACUAGACGCUAUCGGCACAAAACGUUUUGACUCAGAAAAAGCGGGAGAUAGAGAGGUACAACGUACGAUGUUGGAGUUAUUAAAUCAAUUGGACGGCUUUAGUUCGACCGCUGAUAUCAAAGUAAUUGCUGCCACAAACAGAGUCGACAUCUUGGAUCCAGCCUUGCUGCGAUCUGGCCGUUUAGACAGAAAAAUCGAGUUUCCACAUCCCAACGAGGAGGCCAGAGCACGCAUUAUGCAAAUUCAUUCGCGUAAAAUGAAUAUGUCGCCUGAUGUAAAUUUCGAAGAAUUAUCCAGAUCCACGGAUGAUUUUAAUGGAGCACAAUGUAAAGCUGUCUGUGUAGAAGCGGGUAUGAUAGCAUUACGACGCAAUGCAACAGAAGUCACUCAUGAAGAUUUGAUGGAAGCUAUUAAUGAAGUCCAAGCGAAAAAGAAAGCAAACCUGAAUUAUUAUGCUUAAUAUGUUGCGUCAUUUAUUUAUUAAGAUAUAUUUUUUGUAUAAUAAAUAUAGGAAUAUCUCUAAUCUUCAUACUUUCUCGUUUUUCGACUAGUAUAAGAUAAACAAAAACAAUGACUAAAUGAAUACUUUUCAAAGUUA